UCAAAGAGAACAAAGAGAACAGAGAUCCAUCCCAACAGUUCAGAGUUUUUGUUUGUCUGUUUUCGUUUUCAUUUGAAAGUUUCCAGGCUCACUGAACACAAAUUGAAGGAUCAUAUCUAUUCUCCUUUCUAAUGUCCGUCUCUCUCAGCACACCACCGUUCUCCCCUUCAUCAUCAUCGAGAUGCGGACCACCCACCAUCGGUACCCUGGCAGGUCAUGUGGUCUGGCGGCCGUGUGCUGUUUCGGCGUGGGAUACAUUCUCUGGACGUGUUGGGUGCACCAGGUGACGGGCGUGUGGGUGUACCCGGUGCUGGAGCGCAUCACGCCGCUGGCUCGGGUCGUCUUCUUCAGCGCCAUGACAGCGGUGAUCUGUGUUUUCUACACCCUCGGGGAAAUCCUCAACAGCUACAUCUGGGACCAGCCACACACAGGUAGACAACACACACACCGUUUCCAUCCGUCUUCUGCCUGCAAACAGGUGACAGUUAUAAGAACAUCGGUGGGCCGAUCUUAA